AUGUCUGGUAACUAUUCUAACAUUGCAUCUACAGUCUCUGGUGUCUCCAGUUUCAAUGAGAAUUCAUUUCCGAAUAGCCAGAGAGGAACUAGUAAUAAUGAAAAUAGUGAGCUGAGUAGAAUUUAUACAAGUGGUAAGAAUAAUGAAUAUGUAAAUAUAGGUAAAGAGAAAUUUUUAAGAGAUGAUUUGUUAGAGGCAUUCGGUGGUUCUUUAAAUCCAGGUUUAAGAGUCCCAUCAGAACAUAAAUUUGCCAAUCCUGCUCCAUUAGGUUUAUCUGCUUUUGCAUUGACUACAUUUUUAUUGUCAAUGUAUAAUGUUCAAGCUAGGGGUGUCAAAAUUCCAAACGCUAUCGUUGGCCCAGCCUUUUUCUAUGGCGGUUUAGUACAAAUAAUUGCAGGUAUUUGGUGUAUCGCUGUGGAGAAUACUUUUGGUGGCACUGCGUUGUGUUCAUUUGGUGGGUUCUGGAUGAGUUUUGCAACUUUUUUCGUACCUUGGUUUGGUAUCCUUGAUGCAUAUAAGAAUGAUCUAGAUCAAUUGGAUAAUGCAAUUGGUAUUUUUCUCAUUGGAUGGGCUCUUUUUACAGUGUUUUUAUGCCUUUGUACAAUGAAAUCUACGUUGUUGUUCUUCUCUCUGUUCUUCUUCCUCUCUGUGACAUUAUUCCUAUUGGCGGUUGGCAAAUUCACAAAUUCAACCGCAUUAGCGAAGACAGGUGGUGUAUUUGGAAUUGUUACAGCAUUCAUAUCAUGGUAUAACGCAUUCGAAGGUCUUACAGACAAACACAAUUCAUACCUGGUAUUAACAUCAAUGAAAUUACCAACAAAUGAGUAUUCUUAUCCAUGUUCCAGAGGAUGA